UCUUAAUUCCAUUCAAUGGCUUUUACAAAACUCCAUAGUUCUUCACUCAUUUCUCCUCUCCCUUCAAUCAUUUCCUCCAUCCGCUUUCUCUCUUCUCUUCUUCCCCAAAUCCAACCCUCUAAAGAUGCCGAUUUGGUUUCACAAAUCCUUCUUCACCAUCACAAUCCCUUCCAUUCCAUGGAAUCUUCUCUUCAACUCCAUUCAAUCUCUUUUUCCUCUCACCUCCUCGAUCAAACCCUUCUCCGCCUCACCCACCACUCCAAAAUCGCCCUCUCCUUCUUCGACUACGCCAACUCCCUCCCCUCCAACCCCAUCUCCACUACCUCCUACAAUAUCCUCCUUGAUAUUCUCGCCAAAGUCCGCCAGUUCGACGCCGCCUGGCAUUUGAUUCUUCAAAUGGACCACAAGGGUACUGAUACUUUCCUCUUGCUGAUUCGCCGCUUGAUUUCUUCAGGCCGCACUCGCCAGGCCAUUCGAGCGUUUGAUGACAUUGAGGGGCUUACUGGAAAUAAGGUAGGAAUUGAUGAUUUUUGCUAUUUGUUGGAUGUCCUUUGUAAAUAUGGCUAUGUGAAAGUUGCGGUGGAGGUUUUUAACAAGAGGAAGGAGGAGUUUGGUGUUGAUGUGAAGAUUUACACGAUUUUGAUAUAUGGAUGGUGUAAGAUUGGGCGAUUUGAGAUGGCGGAGAGGUUUUUGAAGGAUAUGGUUGAGCGUGGGAUUGAGCCCAAUGUGGUUACUUAUAAUGUUUUGUUGAAUGGGGUUUGCAGGAGAGCGAGUUUACAUCCAGAGGGAAGGUUUGAAAAGACGAUUAGGCAUGCAGAGAAGGUGUUUGAUGAAAUGCGGAAGAGGGGGAUUGAGCCUGAUGUGACGAGUUUCUCUAUUGUGCUUCAUGUUUAUAGCCGUGCCCACAAGCCCGAGUUGUCGCUUGAUAAGUUGAAGCAGAUGAAAGAGCUUGGAAUCUCUCCCACGGUGGCAACUUAUACAUCGGUGAUCAAAUGCCUCUGCUCUUGUGGGAGGCUUGAGGAUGGUGAAAACUUGAUUGAAGAAAUGGUGAGAAGUGGAAUUUCUCCAUCUCCUACAACUUAUAACUGUUUCUUCAAAGAGUAUAGAGGUAGAAAGGAUGGGGCUGGUGCUUUGAGGCUGUACAAGAAAAUGAGAGAGGAUUGUUUAUGUGCUCCUAGUUUGCAUACAUAUAACAUAUUACUAGCCUUGUUUUUGAAUCUGGACAAGAAGGAGACUCUGAAAGAGUUGUGGAAUGAUAUGAAAGAAAGCGGUGUAGGGCCAGAUUUGGAUUCAUAUACAACGAUCAUACACGGGUUGUGCGAGAAGCAGAGAUGGAGUGAGGCUUGUCAAUUUUUUGUUGAGAUGAUUGAAAGGGGGUUUCUUCCUCAGAAGGUUACCUUUGAGAUGCUUUACAGAGGGUUGAUACAAUCUGAUAUGUUGAGAACUUGGAGAAGAUUGAAGAAGAAACUGGAAGAAGAGUCUAAAACAUAUGGCUCUGAGUUAAAAAACUAUCACAUUAAGCCUUAUAUGAGAUGAUAAUGAUGAUAUGCAAGUGAGAUUUAAAUUGGACUCCAGAAUUACACAACGUGUUUUGGUAUGUGUAUUUUUCCUUUAUCUUUGUGCAUAUGUGAUUUAGGGAUCUUAAGAAACUUAGUGACAGGCUUCAACUUCAAGUAAGGCGUAUUAUGCCAUGUGGAUCAACCAAAAAGAAGAAAUAUCCACGUGAACAUUCCUAUCAAGAGCUUUGAGGAGCCAAAAUGGGUGUGAUUCAAUCGACUUAGUGCUUGUAUUAUCUAUCUCGAACUGAAAGUUUGAUUCCCCCACUCCUGUCAACAUACAAUGAGGAAUGAGACCAUAAGUUCAAGACUCGUCUGGAAAGUCCAUCAUCAGUUAGAUUGUUUAUUAUAACUUAGCUUGUUUUGAACACAAUUUCAAUCAAAUAAAAUAUUUUGCAGGGAGACCUCUUAACCUAA